AUGGAGUGUCCUUUCACUCAGAGGGUGAGGUUGGCUACCUUCAUGUUAACUGCUGAUGCCCAUUUUUGGUGGGAGGGAGCACUUCAAAGGGUGAUUGAUGGAGGAAUGCAAUUGAAUUGGGACAACUUCAAGAGGGUCUUCCUUGAGAAGUAUUUCCCGGAUGAUGUGAGGAGUCAGAAGGAAGUUGAAUUUCUUGAGCUGAAGCAAGGGAAUGAUACAGUGGCAGAGUAUGCUGCAAAAUUUGAUGCUUUGGUUCACUAUUGUACUCAUUACCAUGGUGAGGGUGGUGAAAGGGCUAAGUGUAUUAAGUUCGUGAAUGGCCUUCAUCCUGAGAUAAAGACAGCCAUCAAUUAUCAAGAGAUUUAUCACUACCCGACGCUUGUCAACAAGAGUAGAAUCUACGAUCGUGACAACCAUGCAUGUGCUAUAUUUUACAAGGGAGUUGGAGAUCCUAUGCGUGCUACAGGUUCUAGUGCUUCGGGCAAGAGUAAACCUUACACCAAGUCUACUGGGGAUUCAAGUUUUAAGGUGAAUAAUCAAGAUUCUGUGCAACCAAAGAGUUAA